AUGGAGAAGGUCCUUGUUCUUCUGCUGGUCGCCCUCACAGUAGCCUAUGCGGUUCCCGACCCCCGGGGAAUCAUUAUCAACCUGGAUGCAGGCGAACUCUGCCUGAACAGUGUCCAGUGCAAGAGCAAGUGCUGCCACCGUGAAACCGGCCUGAGCCUGGCCCGCUGCGCACCCAAGGCCAGCGAGAACAGCGAGUGCUCCUCUUGGACACUCUAUGGGGUUUACUACAAGUGUCCCUGUGAGAGGGGCCUGACCUGUGAGGUGGACAAGACCAUCGUGGGCUCCAUCACCAACACCAACUUUGGCAUCUGCCUCGAUGUUGGAAGUUCCAGUGAGUGA